AGGAGAGUACUCACAUAUUAGAAUUUUGUGAUCCGUUACUGCCAUCCACUUUUGUUUUCCUCUUAUAUUUUUGGUUUUGUGAAAAACAAGAAAUAUAUAUAAUCAAACAUGAGCCAUUUAGCCAGUGCUGUGGUGACAGUCUUAUGCCUUCUCAAUUUUGCCUUCAUUAUAGUAUCUGAUGGAUUUCCUACAGAUGAUUAUGAAUUGUACCCAGGCCAUGUUCACCCGUGUGUUCAACCGAUUCGUACAGGUCCCUGUAGAGCUUUUUUCAGAAUGUAUGCCUAUGAUAUACGAUUAAAUCGUUGUGUACCAUUCGUUUAUGGUGGUUGUUUAGGCACUGCAAAUCGUUUUGAAACGAAACGUGAUUGUCAAGAAUCCUGUUCAGCAUUUUUAUAUGCAGAUGACGUAUUUGGAUAUUAUAAAAAUAAGUAAAUAAUUGAGUCUCUGUUUCCUGUGUUCAAUGGGAUAACUUACUGGUUGUUUUUGUUGUUUGUUGUUUCAACACGAUUCAUUUUGUCAUUUUUUGACGAAAUAAUAUAAACAUUAAGUUUCUUGAUGCAUA